AUGUUACUUGGAUUCACCAUUAUCUGUCUAUUUAGUCUAACUAUAGCCAGUGCGUUUCAUAAAUAUCCAUUCGUGUUUCUUCUAGAUGUUGGUAAUGAAGAACUUAAAAAAUUCAACACGUCACAAAUCAAGGUAUCAGUACCGGGAGGUUCAUUAGCUUUAAAAUACCCAGCCACAAGUGAGGGCAAUAUAAUUGGGCACGUUAGAGUUACUGGAAUAGAUUUCGGAACAGAGCUUAAAGCGAACAUUGUAGAAGGUGGUCCUGGAUUUAGGUAUGUCGUAAUAGUAUUCACGGGUGCUCCUGGUAUGCAGUAUGACGCUACAGUUACGAUACAAAGCCUAGAAGAAGAAUUUACCCGAGCUGGUACAAAACUAGAGGACAAUAUAUAUAAAGUGAAUGAAGAUGUAAAUGAUAGUUCAGAAGACGUAGACGACUCGCAAGAAAAUCCCGGUGGUGAUAAGAGUAACGAUAUACAACAGAUGAAUACAAAUACGUUCAAGUACACAGCUUAUAAAGAAAUAGUAGAAAAUGAAAAUAACGUUAAUGCCGAUUCCGACGAUGAAACUGAAAGCGAGAAUGAAGAUGAUUUAAAUUCUAAUGAUGACGAAAUAAGUCAAACUAUUUCUGGUGCAUAUAGAAAGUUAGAAAAUGACGAUGUAGUCUUAUCAGAAAAUACGUCUAAUAAUGACUAUGCCGAGAGAAAAACUCAGAAUGAAGAUAUAAAUGUAGAAUACGAAAAUGAAGUAAAAGAAAAUUCUAUAUCCGAUAAUCAGUAUAUUUCAGACAUUCCGAUAGAAAGGGGACGUUUUAGUAAUUAUAUAUUUAUACCAAAGUUUCGUGGUUUUUACAGUUUACCGCCAGGAUACUACGCUUCAGAAUCCAGGUGA